CUCACUCCGCCUUUCCUCCUACUCUACUGGGCCGCGAGGAAGUCGCAAGAUGGCUGAUGUCGCUUGGAAGUAAUGUUCCCCUCUGCAAAAUGAAGCCGUGAGCGUGGAAGAAAGCGAGGGAGGCACCAUCGGGCUUUUCUUUUUUAUUUUAUUUUAGUUGUUUUUCUUUUAUUUCGUCAAACAUCCAUCUCAUUCCGCGUCGUGUUCACCCCGGACUUGUCUUCGGGAGUUGACGCGUCAAAUCACGCCGGGGACCCUGCCAGCAGCUAACAGUUAGCAAAUAUUAGUAUAGCUCUAGCUAGUCUGUCACACAGCGUAUUAGUUUAUAAAUUGUUGUUCUUGCUGAUACGAGCCUGCAAUCGAACUACCGCUGCACGCGUGAUGAAUUUCGAGUAAACGCAGAGUAAAACCGAAACAUAUUGGCUGUCACAUAAAAUACGGUUAUCCCGGCUGCUCCGUUUAACAUGUCCGCAAACUGGCCGUCCAGCCAGUGGCUUGCUAACUAAUGCGCAGUUUUCAAUUUUUCGUUCACCACAAACCAGCAGGUGAAGUAUAUUCCAGGCUUUUCUGCGUAUACUUUCACCACUGUGCUGUAUUUCCGUUAGUUCCUCUCAAUUUCAGUUUGGAAAGCAGUUAAUGCGGAGGCAAAGGACGAGAGCGGGGCAUAUUUUGAACUUGUGGUUUUAGGUAGCUACACUGGCCUUGCUGGCAUUUCACCAAAAAAUCUACAGGGAUGGACACGAAACUGAGCACCUACGACCAAAACUGAACAACUGUCAUUUCGGCAUAAGUAACGUUACGUUGCCUCAGUCUCCCGUAGAGUUGUGCACGGUCGGUUAAUCACGGUAACAACUUUUUUGCAGGAACUACUAAAGUACAGUUAGUCACUACACAGUAGAGCAGCUAGUUUGCCUGAAGUGCAUUGAAGGAAGUCUCCACCCACAUCACAUUACAAACACGGCGUACAGAACGUAUUCAGAAGCCGCUCCCGGCCAAACACACAGGCUAAACAACACCGUCAUGGGAGUCCAGGGUUUUCAAGAGUAUUUAGAGAAGCGCUGCACCGGGGCAGCAGUCCCGGUGGACCUCCUCAAGCUUACCCGUACCGCCGCCCGACAGCCCCCUCACCACCAUCACCCACACCACCACCCACAUCACCCUGGGCCCAUGCCUCCCCCGCCACCGCCUGCAAGAAUUCUAAUCGACGCUGAUUCUGGCCUACAGCGCCUCUACGGCGGAUACCAGACGGACUGGGUGUGUGGGGGCGAGUGGAACGCCAUGCUGGGAUACUUAGCCGCCUUGUCACAGGCCUGCCUGUACCAGGGCGGCCUGGAGCUGGUCGUGGUUUUCAACGGCACACUGGGGAAGGAGCGCUGGCCCGAGUGGGCGCGGCGAGCUCAGGGCCAGCGACAGACGGCGCAGCUGAUAGUCAACCACGUCGGCAGCAAGGCCACCCCGCCUCCCCGGGCUUGGUUCCUGCCCCCGGCUUGCCUUAGCCACUGUGUCCGCCUCGCCAUGUUCCGCUUCCGAGUGCGGGUUGUACAGACUUUGGAGGACCACCACCAGGAAGUGCUGUCUCUCUACAGGGACUACGGAUUUGCUGGCCUGAUUGCUCAGGAUUCUGAGUUUGCCCUCUGUAAUAUACCUGCCUAUUUCUCCUCACAUGCACUCAAAUUGAGCUGGAACGGCAAGAACCUUACAACACAUCAGUACCUGCUGUCUGAGGCUGCCAGACAGCUUGGGCUUAAGACACAGCACCUUCCCUGCUUUGCUGCUCUACUUGGAAAUCAUAUACUGCCUGAUGAGGACCUGGCUGCCUUUCACUGGAGUUUACUUGGACCAGAACACCCACUAGCUUCACUCAAGGUGCGAGCCCAUCAGUUGGUGCUGCCGCCCUGCGAGGUGGUGAUCAAGGCUGUUGCAGAAUAUGUCUCCUCCAUCAAAGACCUGGGAAACCUCAACGCCAUCGCCAGAGAUGUCUUUAAACAGUCACAGUCUCGUACAGAGGAUAAAGUGGAGCGAUUCAAAAAAGCUGUGGACUAUUUCUCAGCUGCCUCCAAACCACGCUCACCCAACAUGGGGCCCUCCUCGUUCAUUUUACCUGGGUUUGGACCCACUCCAUUUGGGGGACCAGCUGGCCACAUGGGACCGAUGCAGCCUGGAAAGAAUCAGUUCCCACUUCCCCAGGUUCCAGGGUUAAAGCCACCGUAUCCACCAUAUGGACCUGGCUCCAACCCUUUGUUUCAUAACCCGCCACCGCCAUCCCAGGAAUGCAACGAUUCACUGACAGGCAAGAUGAGCUUUACUGACUGGUCAGCUCCAUAUGAUUCCACUCAGGGCGGAAACAGGCUACCCAAUCAUCACACUGGCACUCAAUCUGGACCUUCUCCGUCACCUUCCUCCUCUUCUGAUGGAGAUGAACCCAAUGACAGCAAUGCCAACCAUUUGAUGGACAAGACCUCUCGGUGGGAAGAUCCUGGAAGGAGGGGCUCAGCCUCUGGAGAUGUCUCCCAGGGCAACGGAAGUGGGCCAAACAUUCCGUCACUUCUGUCUAUGGCGACGCGGAGUCACAUGGACAUAACCACACCCCCUCUGCCUCAGGUCAGUGCUGAGGUGCUUCGCGUAGCUGAACACAGACACAGAAGAGGACUAAUGUAUCCACAGAUAUAUCACAUAUUGACCAGGGGAGAGAUGAAGAUGCCUGUGUGUAUAGAGGAUGAGUGUAACUCAGAGCUGCCUCCUGCCUCCCUCCUGUUCCGUGCUGCUAGACAGUAUGCCUACGGCGUACUCUUCAGUCUGGCUGAAACACACCGCCGUCUGGAAAGGCUUGCUCUCCGAAAGAGAGCCCCCCUGGAAGUUCCUCCAGUAAUUGUCAAAGAGUGGAGCAGUGGUAAAGCCAAGUCAGCCCUGACUCCGGAGCUGGUUCCAGCCCUGUGUUUCCGGGAGUGGACAUGCCCCAAUCUACGACGACUAUGGCUGGGUCGAGCCAGUGAGGACCGCUCGAGGAGAACCAGGGCCUUUCUGGCCUGUUUACGCUCUGACUGCCCAGCCCUUCUUAACCCAGCACAGGUUCCACAGCAUCUGCUGCUCAUGUGCUGCGUGCUCAGGUAUAUGAUGCAGUGGCCGGGAGGAAGGAUCCUGCAGAGACACGAACUAGAUGCCUUCUUGGCCCAAGCUGUUUCCAGUCAGCUCUAUGAGCCUGACCAGCUACAGGAGCUUAAGGUGGAGAAGGUGGAUGCCCGUGGCGUCCAACUGGCUGCUCUUUUUAUGGCGGGCGUGGAUACAGCGCUGUUCAUCAAUGACGUGUGUGGUCAACCAUUGCCAUGGGAACACUGCUGUCCCUGGGGGUUCUUUGAUGGCAAACUGUUCCAAAGCAAACUGGCCCGUGCUGCCCGUGACAAGACCGCACUGCUGGAUAUGUGUGAAGGGCAGGAGGAGCUGGUGUCUAAGGUCGAGAAGAUGCGCCAGGCAAUACUAGAAGGCAUCAACAUGUCCCGCCUGCCUCCCCCUCCCCCUCCUCUACCACCUCCUCCCUUCCUGCCCCCUGCCAUGGUGCCCCCUUUCUACCCAGUGCCUCCACUCUACCCAACUCGCCCUAUGGGUGGCAUGCCUCCUCAUCAUCACCCACAUCAUCCACAUCACCCAGCCCAGCACAGACCCAGAGCCUUUCCAGGCCUUCAAUCCAUCCCCCCUCAAGGAGGGAAACUGGAGAUAGCUGGAAUGGUGGUUGGUCAGUGGGCUGGAAAUAAACCAAUCCGUGGAAGAGGGGGGUUCAACAUGCAGGUGGUUUCAGUGGGAGCAGGGAAAGGGAGGGGCAAAGAGAUUCCAUCAAAAGUAAGGGGAGGGAAAAGGACAGCUGCCAACAGAACACAGAUGUCGUCGCCCCCGCCAGCCAGCAGUCCCCCAAAGCCCUCAGAGGAAGCUGGCUCCAUGCCAGAGGUUGCAGCUCAGCAGCUGAAUGGCAGCUCAUCAGCCUCUGCCAUCGGCCAGCCCUUGGAACUGGCCCCCGUACCCGAGCCAAUCCCGUGUGCCUUAGCCAGCAGAGACAACCAGUCAGAGGGGGUGGAAGUGGAGGCCCCCUGUUGCCUUCAUGACUGCCCGUCAGAUGGAGCGCUACAGAAGGAGGAGUGAUGGCAUCCUUCGCAGGAUGCAGUGCUCUGAGAGUUAUGUGCUCGACUGCCUCUCCUUGUUUUUGUAGCCCUCUCUGUUAGCUGUUCAGGUUAUCCCAUAGAGCAGCAGAAGAAGCAGGUUCCUCCUCAUAUUCUGAUGCUCAUGGUGAUAGGCUAACACAGCUAGCUUUUAGUCCCUUUUUAGUUUUCUCAUGUGGUUUUACAUUAUUUUAUGAAGAAAGGAUUUCUCCAUGAGUCUGUAAGCGCCCUGUCCCUCGAAGUUCCUCAGUACUUCCCUCCCGCACUCUAUAAGCAAAAUAAGCAUCAAGACCCGCCACUUAAGCAAGGCCCAUCGUAGGUGUGGGUGUUUGAGUCUGUACAGUUUGAGUUCCUUAUUUUGUGUUUCAUGGUCCCAUUGUUGGAAUCCCUGCACACAGAUGUUAAGCUUUUGGUAAUGGUGACAGUUUGGAUGUGAGUUCUAUGGUUGCAGCAUCUACGCCGAGUCACCGUGGUUAGUUCUUGUCGAUGCGGUUUGUUCAUCUGCCAUGGCCUUCUCGUGAGGUUUCAAAGGUCUUACAUGAGCUCAGUUUUUUUCUGGAUUCGUGAGGGCAUGAUGUACUGGUUUCUCUGCCAUGAGCCUUGCCUCCCAUACAAUGCAGGCUAGCCGCACUGCUAAGCAUUCAGUCUUUAGCAUACUCGCUAGCAACGAAAGCCCCCUUUAGAGAUUGAUUAGUUAACUAUCACUGGAGCACUUACGCACCACCAUGGUAUUACCUUAUUUUACUUUGACCUAUGUAGCAUAGCCUAGUGCUUAGCUGUGCUAAGAGACCCAAUGAAUUUAUGCACCUUAAGUCCUAAAGUAUGCAAGAUUUUACCCUGCUCCUAAAGAAAAUAGUGCAUUAUAUUAUCUUCCCAUCCUAUUGUUCCUUCCUCCCAAAGCUUUGAUUGUUCCCAACAGAAGCACUUAUUGUUGUAUUUAAAUAUAUUGAAUUUGAAAAAGCCCCUGUACAGUUGAAUUGACAGUCUGAGGGGUGUCCCCUGAGCAAAUCGUUGUGACAGGUAGGAGUUAAGGUAAAGAUCUAUUUGAGAGACGUCAGAAUGUGAACAGAGUGGUUUCAGACAAAGAAGCACUUUGUUUUAAAAAGUUAAAGUUAAACCACACUGGACUGUCCUCUACAAGGUGACAAAGAAACAAAUCAUCUCUGUCCUACCUUGUGUAGUUUAAGGCCAAAAGAAAUGAGGAUGAAUGGUGAUCUGUUAGGUGACUCCUGCAAGGCAGAGUUCCCUUCAGAUAAAUAUCACACAUUCAGUAAGGAAUGCUGCAAUGAAGUUGACAGACUUCUAGUAGUCCAUGUUGAGGAAUCCUCAGAGUCAGAUUUCUAAAAUAUUGUGCAAAGGGUUUUUCAAUCACACGAGCCAGUAAUGGCAGCCACACGCACAUAGGGUGUGGCAUUAAGAUCCCUUCACCACCAGCUGGUUGAGCAAAACAAUAGCCAGUAAGAGCUUUGGUCCUGCAAAGCUCCAGUGUGUCACUAGACUAGCAGGAAACACUUCCUCCUAAAGUUCUCCAGUCAAACCUGGCAGAGGCUUCAUGGGCUGGCAUAAAGCCUCUGUCAGGUUUACACAGGAGAGGGAAGCCUUGUGGCGGACGUCUGACUUCUAACAUACUAAAAGGUUUUAUUAGAGUACUUAUAUUUGUAAAGACCGAGAAGUGUCCCUCACAGUAGCUUUCAUCUGAAAAUGGAAACAUGCAUGUACCAUUUACUGGUAUCACAACUGCACGUGAAAGCAGUGGACAAACUGAUACUGUUCGAGAGAUGGUGGCCAAGAACAUUAUCUAAAUAACUAAGAGGUUGAAAUGAGCUUAUAAAAAAAAACAAGUCAACAAGAAGCACCUUAUUUUCUUAGUAUGUUGAUGACUUGUGUGCCACAAAAUUGAAAUGGACAAACUCUUACAAGAUACAGUUGUCAGAAUACAAACCCUGAUGGUGUUUAUGUAGCUGUGUGACAUCCCCUCUGUUGCGAACUAGACACACUACAGCGAGACGACAACACUUCAAGCCACAGCGUAGGCCUGUGCUCAGCGUCUACAGGGCUAGGCUACACUACGCUUUCUGAAAACCACAGCACCAAAGUGAAAUCAGAAGAUUGGACACAUAGUUGUUAUUGAUAGGGAUUUAAGCAUACGAGUGUUGUAGGUGUUUAUAGGGUAAGGGUAGGUACCAGCACGGGGAUUAGCACAGGACUGUAACACACACCAUGACUAGGCUAGAGAAAAUAGCUUCACUGGCCAAAAUACUAAGUCUAGAAUUACUAGGAGUCAUAUACUUACCUGCUUUUGACAUUAGUGGAAAUAUGUGUAUCACAGUACAUUAUUAGAAGUGGGGUUUCUCUGCGGCGAGCCAAAAUGUGAUCUGGUGUUUGAUGCCCUCUCUGCAAUUUGCUCACCAGACGACAUCCACACGCAAAGCACACACACAAACCACACACACAACAGACAAAACCAGGUAUCCAGUUGUAUUUGUUACCUGCAACGCUCUCUCUGCUUUUGUGCUGAAGUGAUAUUUGUGCCGUUUCAGUUCCUAGUGGAGUGGUCGUCAGUUGAUCAGAGAUCAUUUGGUAACACAUUCUACUGACUGCCUUGAAAACCACCACCCACUGACAUACACCAGUUUGCAUGGACAGAUUAAAAGUACAUGUUACAGAGGUUUCAUCUAGCAGGAAUGGAAAACUAAACACAUCAACACACACACACACACACACACACACACACACACACACACACACACACACACACACACACACACACACACACACACACACAGAUACAUAGAUGUUAAACCCUGAGUUACACAGUAGCUAGUAUGGAAAAAAAAGUCAAGAAUACAUGAUGUAGUGUCCCUCUUUUGUCCGUGUCUGUUUUAGUUGAAUAGAAAGUUGAUCAGUAAUUCUUUAUGCUUGUUGUCCUAAAGCCCACUAUGACACGUUUUCACACACAGUCUCACUUCCCUCCUCCCUCCUACCCUUUUAUUGAAUUCUCUUACUUUUCCUCUGUCGUCUGAUCUACUGUAGACUAUUCAGCCACUCCCACGCAACCAUACAUACAGACCAUACCUACUGAUUCUCAUAGAGAGCAGCCACACAUGAAUAGUGAUAACACACGAGUUAACCACCCGCUCUUUUCUCUCUAACUUUUACUGCCUCCCUCUCUGCCUCUCCCUUAGUCUUUAUGUUUAUAAUUACCAUUUUCCCCUUUUGGCUUCCCUGCCUCUUAAUCACCCCAACUAACAGUAAAGGUUAUAUUAAUGUUGAUAAUCAGUUUCUGUAUGUAUCUAGCCAGAGUCUGGAAAAAAAAUCAGAAAAAAUAUCCAAACUGUUAUAUUCAAUUGUGUGUUUCUUACUAUUUUUAAUGUUAUUACAUCUUCUAAUCUAAUCCUUCUACCAUUGCUUCAGUUAGUACUGAAACACGCCUAGCCAACCUAGAGAUUUGAAGUGUAAUGAUUGCGAUUUUCCUUACUUGUAUUUUAUAUGGCAUCUUUAGACCACUUCACCGUUUAUUAUAUAUGUAAGUAAAUAUUGCCCAUUUGUUUCCAAUUGAAAAUCGUUGUCUGCACCAUUUGAUUCUAAUAAUAAUAAUAUCCCUGAUAACUUUUGUGGUUUACUCUAUCAGUCUAAGAUGAACUCAGCGCCCUUGCACAAAACAGCAGAACCUCUGUGAACAACUGAGAACCAAAGUACAUCUAGACCCCCCCCCCCCCAGAUAUGUAUACAUAUACAUGUGUAUAUAUGACAACACACGGUGAGAAGACAGACAGGAAAAUAGCAGGUUUGACAGUGAAUUGGCUUGUACCCACCAUAAUGAUAGUGCUGCACUCACUUCCAUCAGAUCUACACUAAGACACAAGGAGCCACACCUAACAAAUAUGCUUUCAGUCAUGCUGGUUUGGAACUCCUUCAGAUGAUCUCUUUAUUCUCUUAGGGGGCAUGGAGGCUGAUGAAAGGGGAUGAAUUCUUCUAAAACAAACCUGAGACCAACAAACCUAACGACCUUGGUUAGAAGCUGUGGGAGGGUUUGAAGUAAAAGCUUUAUGCCUUGUGCAAAUUCUGUUUUCGGUGUGCUAUAAUAAGAGGUACAUUCUACAAACUUAAAAUGACCUAGAAUCUCCUUAUUUAUUCACCAUGCCAAACUUAUACAUAUUAAUUUCAAUCCAAUGUUAUUGAUUGUGUUUUGACAUUAAUAUGCAAAAUAAGCAGCAGAAAAUAAUUUCUGGGGUAUAAAACAUGAUUUAGAAACAUUUAGAUGAAUCAGUGAUAAUGAACAUAAAUGCAGCCCUAAUAUUCUUGUUUUAGCAGCCAAUUUGUCUCAGUGAGAAGAGAAACAAGGAAAAUUCAUCCUCAAUGAAGUCGUCAGACUUCUGUCCCUGCCUCUGUGCCUAUAAAGAGAAUCCAAAGCCCUACAAAAUACAUCUGCUAUAUAGUAUUGUAGAAGUUGUGCAGUAUUAUGUGUCAUUUUGUAUCUGUUAUGGUUUGUUAGCAGGCGCCUGAGAAGUUGAAUGAAGGUUGUUAUUCUGUCUGUCUCUACACUGCCAUCCCACUUCCAGGAUAUCCUGAUAACCUGCUUAUCUAUAGAUAAGUCCCACUGAAGAACUCUGGUUCCAGUGCAUGUACUACGUACCUAAAUCUACCUUGUGCAGCGAAAGGGUUAAAAUUAAUCCAUAUUAUUGUUAUAGAAAUAUUAUCAUCAUCAUUGCUGUUAUGGUUGGUAUAAUUUGUCAUCAUUGUUAGCAUUAUGGAAGCACCAGACUGUUUGUGAAAAGACAAGAUAAAGAGGUGUUUGGGGUUUUUUUGUUUCUCUUUUGGUCUGGCUGUUGGUAGUCUGAUCUCACAGAGGGAGGGGAGAUUUGAUUGAGAAAGAAACAAAGAUGGCAGUCAUGUUUGUACUGGUGGGGAAAUGACUUACAGUGCUGAAAUAAAAUUUAUUCUUUUAGUAAAAAAAAAUGA